AUGCAAACUUCCCAACGAUUCCUAAGAAUCGAUGAUGCUCGUGGGGUUCAAAUCAUCGACCCGGUGACGGGAUUCAUUGCAGAAACACCAAUACCAGAAGAGUUUGAAGAUCUUCUUCCCUUUUCUUGGAUGAUCCACUGUGAUGGACUCAUGCUCUGUAUAUGUGAUCAUUGGACACGAGGAGGAAGUAACGCUCGUCUCGCAGUUUGGAAUCCGUUUUUGGGGAGAAUAAAAUGGAUCGAACCAUCGGUUCAAUGGAUCGAACCACCGGUUCAUCGCCGGGUCGAUGAUUAUUACGGGAUUGGAUACGGCGUUGCAUCUCGUGACAACUACAAAAUCUUGAGGCUUGGUUAUAACCAGUCGUCUUCUGCUUCUGCUGAUACAAUUAGAGUCUUUGAGAUCUACGAAUUCAUGUCUGGUUCAUGGAGAGGUAUUAAUGCUUGGUUUGCUGCGGAUAUAGUAUUUCGGAAUAGUGAAUGUGUGUCUGUAAUGGGAAACAUGUACUGGCUAGCUCAGAAUACGGAAGGCUCUUUCGUUCUAUGUUUUGACUUCUCCGUGGAAGCAUUCAAGUUCUUCAAGGUCACUACUGGCCCUGCUGUAGUUCCGCGGUUACAGUUCGCUUUUCGUCCAGGAUUCUCCAUCGGCAAGCACAGAAAUAUCAUGGCUUGGUGCAAAGACACUGUCGAAGAAGAUGAGACAUCACCACAUGGAUGCAACUGGGUGUACGUCGCCACUUUUUACGAAGUUGACAGAAAUGGUGUCUUCACGAGGGUUCUCGAGACGAGUAGGUCUGGAUCGUAUCAAUACUCUAGCCUCCCUAUUUGUAGCUACGUUUAUGUUCCAAGUCUCGUUCCGGUUCCAGAAUGA